UGCAACACACGCUCUCACAACUCACUAAAAUGUCUCUAUACGCGAACAACGAAUACAUCAUCUCAACAAACAACUCGAUCAACGAGAACAAAUAUAACAGUGAAAAAAUGAAGAACAGUGGCUUCAAAGCGCUAUUAAAGCCUUUAAUGAAAAUCAUCAAGAAAACAACGAAGCGAUCUCCCGCCAAAAUUAUUGACACGUGCAUCGAGGCUGAGCAAAACUCGUGCAACGAAGCGCUCGAACGCAAGAUCUUCAAUGACAUGGAAGCUUGCCAGUCCGCCGCCUUCCUCGUCUGCAACAAGGACGAGUCAUACGACCUUGUCCCAGUUUCUCGUGAAGACUUCUACAUCCCUGUGCACUUUGCCCGCACUGACGCCGGCACCUUCUUUUGGACCACAGUAUCCAAAUCGGAAUCUGACUUCGCAGCGGCCCACUAUUACACCGAGUGCCAAACCGCCGAACAGCAGUACCCAUCGGUCAUGCAAGACCGUUGGGUUCAAGCUUAAUGAUCUUCCAAAACAACAAUCCAAGUGUCUUCCGAAACCAGUGCCUGCUGCUGUUUCAAAAUCGUCUGUGAUCUUAGCUUUAAUUUUAUUCUAUAGUGCCAUAUAGAAUCUAGGUUUAGGUAUGGGCUUCCAGCGCGUGAUAACUCCAUAAAGCUUUAAUUACACUGUGUUGUGAUAUUUUAUUGUAUAAAGUAAUGUAGGAUCUGUAUGUGAUCAUGCUUUUAAGCUUUAAUUGUUUAAGCUGUUA